AUGGAUAUACACGAAAGCCAACUAAAAGAGGACUGGAGGAAAUUAAUAACGAAUUUACAAAAGUUUCUACCAAAGAAAAAAGACAUAUUCGUUUUAAAGCCACGGGUUACGAUGACAAGAUUGAGUGACGUCCACAGUGAGGCCAAGAAUGUCUUCCCACAGUGCUUUGCCGGUACCAAACUCGUAAUAUACAAGGAUGUUAUGAACAAAGUGAAACUUGUCCAGAAUUACUCCUUUGGGAAAUCAAAGGCUUCGCACUCCUGCUACUCCCGACUGAUACACAAAGAAAUGGAAACUAAAACCUCCGAAGAGGGUCUGGUCGUCGAUUUGGCAGGAUCAGCGACCGCCACCUACCGGGAAACGCUGGAGGACAACCUGGAAAUACGAAUGACGACCAAGAUUCGCGACUUGGUGUCGUCAGAGGUGGAAGCAGUGCUCGAAAAGGAAACAGAUCGGUUCAUUGGAUCAGUUUCGUUCAAUAUGAAGGACGUCGAUGUGAACACGUCGAAGUAUGUGAUACAAUGCAUGUAUAAAGCCUUGCCGGGCUUAAGUUUUGGCAGUGAGUUUGGUCAUAAGCCACUUUCGUUGGAUCAGCCAUGGCUCUCGUUCAGCUUAAGGUACGAUAAGCCAUCUUUUACAGUAUCUUCAACAUACAGCAUGGUCGGAUUCCAGACAUGUUUUUACAAACAAUUUGCGCAGAAGCUCCGAAUAGCAACCAUUGUUAAUAAAAAUCACGGAGGUCAAACAACUCUGAGCGUUGCGCUGAAUAAGAUUUGUGAGAACGGUACGGAGCUGAAGAUGUUUGUGAACUCACAGCUGUACAGUGGUUUUACCGUUGAGAAGGAUGUGUUUUUCCAAGACGUAGAUACGGAGACGCGGGUGGUUCGACUCCUGGCCAGUACACUGAUUGACGGACGGAAUCGGGUCCGUUUUGGAUUUGGGAUUCAUCUGGACUUUUAA